UCCAAGAUUAUUACAAGAUCAAUUUUUAACAGACUUUGAGCCCUGGGCACUUAAGGAAGAAAGGAUGAUGACUGAGCAUCUUGGAAACAAAAAGUCUAGGAUGAAUUUUGAAGAUGGAAAGGGAUGAGAGGAGAAGGUACAAUGAGGAAGUGCAUGGGGUCAGCAAUGAACCAAAUUACUGUGAAACAUACUGAUAUCUCAUUGACUUCUUUUAGCCAGGCAUGUAGUUAGGAUAGUGAAAACCAAACUCACUAAAUCGUUCUUGUGGGGAUGUUCCUUUUGUAUCAAUCCUCAUGGUCAACCAAGAAAAAAAAAGAGGAAAACAAUAUCAAGCAAAACCUGGCAACUCUUAUUGUGGUUUACCGAUGGUAAUCGGUAUGGUCUUGACAGAAAGAAAAGGAGCAGAUUCCGAGAGUGGCAAAGAACUUUUAGAGAACCAGUGGGUGAGUGUGUGGCUGUAAUAUGACAAAAAGCUGCUGCAGUUGUCUCUUCUUUUUGUAUGCCUUGGUGGUUAGUAAUCUGAGAUACGCAUUCAAAUUAGUGCCUUUGUACAGAUGUUAUCACAUUUGUAGUUGUUAAAAAGAAAGCAUGAAAAGAGCUGCAGACUUCCACAACAUUGUUACAACAUCCGCACUGCUGAGGCCACAGCUGAAGUCCUGUGCCCGGUUCUGGGAUCCUCAGGAGAAGAGAGACAUGGAUGUACUGGAGAGAGAUCAACAAAGGGCCAUGAAGUUGGUGAAGGGACAGGAGCAUCACUCCUAUGAAGAAAAGCUGAGAGCGCUGGGAUUUUUCAGCCUGGAGAAGAAAAGAAUGCCAUGUGAAGGGGGGGUGCAAAGAAGAGGGAGUGAGGCUCUUCUCAGCGAUGCCAGGGACAGGACCAGAGGCAACGGGCACAAACUGAAACACAGGAGGUUCCCUCUGAACAUAGGAAACAUUUUUUUACUGUGAGGGUGACCCAGCACUGGCACAGGUUGCUCAGGGAAAUUGUGGAGUCUGCAUCCUUGGAGAUACUCAAAAGCCGCCUGGACAGGGUUCUGGGCAACGGGCUCUAGGCGGCCCUACUUGAGCAGAGGGGUUGGACUAGAUAACCUCCAGAUGUGCCUUCCAACCUCACCAUUCUGUGAUCUUGCGAUAUGCAACUUAUAAAGAAACUAAAUUACCAAAAACAUAUUUGUAAAGAAAAUCGGCAUUUUUAUGCUAGACAUCUGCCUUAGUGGAGUAACAGGACAGUCUGUGCCGUGCAACUGAUCUCUCACCGUAGAAAGCCCACAGAAGAAUCAGUUUGAAUACCUAAAGCUUAAAGACACAGAACAAAGUCUUUAUAGAGCUUCUGGAAAGAUUAUGAAGCAAUCCUUGAAGCUGUUUCAAUGUACAUGAAAGAGAAGAAGGUGACUGGAUUUACAAAAAGGUAUCAUGCAUAUCCAGCUGUGCUGUGGACAAUAGGAGAACACUGGAUGCUGAAUACCUUGAAUUGAGCAAGGCCUUGGCACAGUCUCUGACGGUGAGAUACAGAUAAAUGGGCAAGGGUAAGUGGGAAAACAGUGAGACUGAGGUCCAUGCAGGAUCAACACACUGUGAUCCCCUUACGAGCCUCCUCUAACAGCCAAUUACUAGUGGCAUCCCUCAGGGACUGGUAUCAAUACCACUGCUGUUUAGUAUCCUUUUUAAUGACCUUGGCAAUGGGACAGAUUGCACGGUCAACAGGGUUUUCAGACAGAAAACAAGGCUGGGGAGGGACAGUUGACACACUGGAGCACAGGGCUGCUGUUUUUAACAGCAACAGGCUGAAGAAAUGGACUGAUGGAAAAUUCACAAGGUUCAACCAAGGCACAUGUGAAGUGCUGCAUCUGAGAUGGAAUAAGCCCAUUCAACAGAACAGCCUGGAGGCCAACCUAACACAAGUAACUUUGCAGAAAGAUACUGGAUGUCUUGGUUGACAGUAAAGUGAACAGCAGUGUGUCCUUGUGACAAAGGUGAUGAACUGCACCUUACUAGUGAGAGUAUAAUUGAGGAAAGUAAUUAUUCUCUUGUAUUCAGCAUUUGUGAGAUAAGCUCUGGAGUAAUAUGUCAAGUUUUGGGCUCCUCAGUAACAAGUAAGACACUGAAAUACUGGAGUGAGUCCAGGGAAAGACCACCAAGAGCACAGGACAUAGAGGGAGAGGACAAGAGGUCCUGCUUCUGUCUACAAGAAUCUAAUGGAAAGAUAGAGAGACUGGAUGGAGCCAGACUUUUCUCAAAGGAGCAUGGAGAUGGGACAAAAAAGCAACUGACACAAAUUAAAACAUGGGAAAUUUACAUUACAUAUUAGGAAAAAAAUUAUUUCACCAUAUGCAUGGUCAAAUGCUGGAACAUGUGCUCAGAAAGGCUGUGGGAUCUUCAUCCUGGGAGGUGUUUGGGUCUCAGCUGUACAUGCCCUGGGCAGAGGCUGAACCUGAUGUUCUCCAGAUGUCCCUUCCAACCUGAAUUAUUCUGUGAUGCUACAAUAUGGAGGAAAGUUUGUAAACGUGCAGCUUGCAUAUUAUAAAACUUCUGAGAAACAUAUGAGGCUCUAACAGACACAUUAUUGGUCUGUAACCUGCUUUUUGACAUCAGGGACAGAUAAUGCUGAAAAGACUAUGGAAUAUAACUUAACCUCUGCUAAGAACUAAUAUAACUGGUUUAUAGAGAUAACAGAAGUAGAUUAAAAAGGACCAGCUAGAAGAAAACAGGCUUAGGCUGUGGUUACAAGAGUUGGAUGUGUUGCUAUUUAUGACGGAAAUAGUUUCACAGUUUAGGUUUUCAGUUAGUACCUCUGUUUAGUGUAUGUUAGAUGGAAAGACAGAUGUGAAAAACUGUGAGAAGUAACUGGUCUUCCUUAGCGGAUUGGUCAGGUGGUCAGAGCUUCAUACAAAAAUCCAUUUUCCAGUAUCAGUGCAAACUUUCAUUUUCAUCAUGGCAUUUUCAUAAUGAAAAUUUGAGCUGUAGUUAUUUUGGGUUGAGUUACGUCUCUAUCACAAGGCUAUACCUUCUCCAUUAAAAUUGUAUUAGUCUGAGGACUAAAAAGUGUGAACAUUUUUCUCCUUUCAUAUACAUUGACAUGUGGCAGAGCUAGCUAUGACAUUAGUUGGAAGGACCAACUGAACACAGCAUUUUCUACAAUACAGAUGAAAGUUCAGAAAUUUGACACUAUUUCAAAAGGAAAUGAAAGCAAAUGAAUGUGAGAACAGCUCACGGAAAAUUUUGUUCUAAAAGAGUGAAAAAUAAUGAGGAAAAAAAAAGAUGUUUCCAAACUGUCACUAUCAAGACUUAGCCUGUCAAAGUAAAAAGCCAAUGACAUUUUGCUUUACCAUUUUAUUUCUUGGCUGCUAACUUGCUUUCGGAUUCUCAUGUAAAAUCAUUAUCUUAAUGUAAUAAAAAAAAAAAAUAUUAUCUUUAUGAUAUAAUCUUUCUUUUAAGUUUUAAAAUCAGGCACUGAGUCAUAAAACCAAAAGCCACCGCAAAGUAUCCUGUACACUUUUUUAAAGUAAGUCAGAUUUUAAAGUGAGUCAGAUUCUUAGCUGACUUUCCUGGAGCUGUGCUGACUGACAUUAGCCAAAGUGCUUUUACAGACAUAUAGUUUCAAUCUGUGAUGAGGAAAACAAAUUAGGCGAGACAGUAAAACUCUCCAGGGUUUCUUUGCUUCACCUCAGUGAUAAAAAAAUACAUGUAAAAAAGCCAGCUCUGUGGAAUCCCUCCUGUUUUAGUGUAAUCUGCCCUUUUUUACCUCUGAAGUGGCACCACUUGUUGCUGUUGGGAACUUCUGCAUUCAUAACUGUCCUGAGUUGAAAAAGUACCUUUCAUCAAACAAGUUUCUGAAGAUGAAAAAAGUGAUGUGAAAAUAAAAGAAAUCUUGAGGGAAUGAAUUCUUUCCUGCUGUUUCCAAAAUAACUUUAGAAGUAUAGUGAAUCAUUGCACAGUACAUAUCGAAUAAACCAUUCAUAUGAAUGAACAGUGGCAAGGUUUUGUUUGCUCAGGACCAGUACUGAAAUAGGAAAUACAGCUGUCAGAAAUCCCUGAUGGAAUUACAGUUCUGAUAUAUCAACAUUUGGCUGAAAACAGGCUCAGCUACUGGUGUGAGAGCUUGUUUAGACGUGAAUACAUGCGCUCCCUUUGCAGUAAUGGAGCUAGAAAAUGUUUCAUGUCUUGAAAGCCUGCAUUGCUCUUCUCCCAAAGGGGACGGUAUCACAGAAAAAAACAGCACUGAAAUGGGGACAUUUCUGAUCAAAGUACGGUAGGAUCACGUGUUUUGCCUUGUCUCUUUUCCUGCAGACCAUAUUUUGAAAUGCUUUUGGGGGGUUGUAUUUCUUCUUUUUUUUUUCCCCUUUCUUUUGAGGUCUCUGCAGAGUAUCAGCUUUUGAGGAUACAGUUUGUCUUUUUUUGCACAUCCUCGUUCUCAAAACGGACAGUAAGGGGGGAAGCAAGCCAUAGCGGAGGCACACGUUGCUAUAUUUAGCUUAAUAUAUGCCUUCCUAAGCGUCCAUUCUACUUCCAUCUCACUUCUUGGAAAGAAAGUCCUGCAAUGGGCCUUCAGCAGAAGAGCGGAGGAAGAGGCGUUUCGACUCAAGAGAACCGAAGACAUCUCCUCCCUGUGCCUUUCCUCCCUCCGGAGGGCUGCGGGAGGGAAGACCCCCGUCUCCUAAGUACAAGUUGAUGAUCGCUCCCUUUGCUGUUGGGGGGCACCUCUGGCUGCCACCCACGAUCGGGUGACCGCCCAGCACCCUUGGAGGUUUUUCAGACUGAGAUGUCUAUUGUAUUGAGAGAGGUUACUGUCUGUUUCAGUGAUAAAUGAGGUUCAGAAGAGUUAUAAUACAAGUUGUAACCCCCCAGAGUUUGGAAGACUGCCUCUGUAUCUGCUUUCCACCUGGCAAGACCUGCAUAUGAUUUAUGGGAUGAUGGCAUACUUGUAAAGAACGGGGGAGAACGAUAAGACAAGGAGAGCAGCUACACAGUUUGAUGUCAUUCUGGAAUAUCGCUGGAAAUGCAGUAGCCUCCUGCCUCUGACUGCUGUAGAUCAUAGGAAGUUUCUGACUGUAGAUCUCAAGGCAGUGUUUUACACAGCUUUCAGAACAAGCAAGGACAAUUCAGUUUCAUUUUUCUGGAGAAGUGAGAAGUAACUCAGAAAAAUGACUCUUAUGAUUUUUUUUUUAAUGUUUAUCAUUGAAUCUGCCACUGAGAAGCUGUGUCCCCUUCGUGCCUCCAUUGAUGUGCUAGAAGGGGAAUAUUUUUUCCUUUGUUAUCUUGAGUCAAUGCAAGAACAUUUUCAGGAAGAAGCAUACACAAUAAACUGGUACAAAGAAAAUGCUGGAAAGCAGCAACUGAUAAAGGAAACACACAGAAUUGUUUCCCAAAUGAAUUUUCUGGAGUUUUGGCCAGCUGAACUCAGUGACUCUGGGAAUUACUCUGUCACUCACAGCAAUGGAAAACAAAAUUUCACAAUUCAAAAGUGGACCUUGAAUGUACUUCAAAGAAAUAAAAGCAGCUGUUUCAACAAAAAUCAUUUAACUACAGAAAUUAAAAAUGCUGGAACUGGUCAUUCACUGAAAUGCAGUGAUUUGUCUGUCAAUGAAAAUGACAGCGUAACAUGGUACAAGGACUGUGUGAACUAUGAAAACGAAACAGAGCGGGAACUGGAUUUUAAAACCUUAACAGUACAGCACUCUGGGAUAUAUACCUGUAAAAUUUUAAUCAGUCAUAAAGGAAAGAUAUACCACAGCACAAAUACAAUUAAGCUGCUUGUAGAAGAAGAUGCACCAGAGGCUGUAACUUCAGAGAUAGUUGGACACAAUGAAGAAAUUGAAACAGAAAUAGGUAAAGAAGAGAUACUCAAUUGCACAGGUUUCUUGAGUUAUUAUAUGCAAGAAGAUGCCAGCCUCUAUUGGUUAAUUAAUGACAAGUUUCCAGAAAAAUGCACAGGUAUCCCCGAGAACGAACCUUCAAUAUGUGAAGAAGAGUUCAAAAGAUUACAGCUGGGAAACAAGUUCUACGUCACAAGGCUACUGCGGAUUAAAGAAGUAACGGAAGGGGACAUCCAUCAUAAUUUCACCUGCAUGUUGCAAGCUGAUGGAAGAACACAAAUAAAAAAUGUGAAACUGAAGAAAAGGUACGCCCGAGAUCUGCCUGUGCACAUAUUUACAACCGGAAUGGUCCUUGCUGUGCUAUUUCCAUGUGUUGCUGUAGCUGUGGUGUUCAUCUGUGUGAUGUUUAGAGUCGACUUAGUCCUGUUUUAUAGGCACAUAUGUAGAAAAGAUGACACUGCUGGAGAUGGAAAAGAAUAUGAUGCAUUUGUGUCUUACCUGAAAGACUGUGUUUCUCCUACUGAAGAAGAGCGAGAAUUUGCUUUGAAGAUAUUACCCAUGAUAUUAGAAGAAAACUUUGGGUACAAGUUAUGUAUAUUUGAGAGGGAUAUAUCCCCUGGAGGAGAAAGCAAGAUGAUUCUUAAAGAAAAUGUUUCAGAACACCAACCAAAAUUGAUAAAGAAAAUCAUACUCACUUUGUGCUGGAUCCUAGCAUUAUUUGUCAGUGGGGCAGAAGUUAGCGAGAUUAACUUGCUGGGAUGUUCCCACGCUGAACCUCAAAUACAGUAUCGUGCAAUUAGUGGUGAGGAGUUUGUUUUACAGUGCACUUUACCAGGUAGAGAUGCUACUCACAUUUAUAACAACUCUCUUCUAAAAGAACAUAAAGUGAAAUGGUUCUGGCAUCAGAAGGAUAAAGAGCCACUGAAGGCUAUCAAGGAAAGCUCUAAACCUGCUCUCCAAGGUGAUGCACUUUGGUUUAAACCAGUAAGGGACAGUGAUUCAGGGGUGUACAUCUGUCUGAUACGGGAAAAAAUCUCAUGUCUCAAAAUUGUUUUGGAAGUACAAACAAAGGCGGCAGCCAAAUGUUCAGGCUAUGACACAAAUGUGCUGUAUCUUCUUGCUGGCAACGGGAAUUCAAUUACUUGUCCUGGGACAAAAUGCUACAGCCAUAUAAAAAAGCCAGAUGUAAAAUGGUACAAGGAUGGUCAUCAGAUAACACGUAAGAAAAGCAGACAAAGCCUAAAGCUUAAGCAUAAUGAAAUCUACUUGAAUCCAACCUAUGAGAUCGAUGCUGGAACAUAUGUGUGUGAUUACACCCUAUAUGACAACAAUAUCAAGUGGACACUGAGAACGACAGUGACAGUAGAAGUCAUUGCAAAAACCACUACCCAUCCACCAAACUUCUUGUAUCCCAAUGGUGUGGUGAUCCUUGAAGCAGAGCUUGGAAAGCCACUUGAACUGAAAUGCCAUGUACAGUUUGGAUUUGAAAGAUUUUCUCCAAUGAAAGUAACAUGGAGAAGAAACAACAAAGAAAAUAUAAAUGAGAAAUUGAUUCAGGAAACAAGUGUUUAUCCAGAAGGUUUAAAGGGGCACACAAUUCUUCAUGUUGCAAAACUGAAAGAAGUUACUGAAAGGGACCUCAGAAGCAACUUCACGUGCUUUGCUGAGAAUUCGGUGGGGAAUGCCACUGGUGUAAUCCAGCUGAAGAGAAAGCAGAGAGUGUUUCUCUUAUAUGUACUAUGCAGCGCCAUUUCUACUCUAUUUGCAUUCCUCUUGUGCACUGCCCUUAUUUACCAGCACUGGAUUGAAAUAGUGCUGAUGUACCGAAGUUAUCUGGUCCACAACGAAACUACAGGAGAUGGCAAAGAAUUUGAUGCAUUUGUGUCCUAUGCAAAACUAGACUCUUCUGAAAGUGACUCUGCUCUAAUUAGUGAGGAAAAAUUUGCCUUGGAGCUUCUUCCAGAUAUGCUGGAAAAAAAAUACGGAUAUAAGUUAUGCAUUCUUGAAAGAGAUAUCCUUCCAGGAGGAGCAUACACAGAUGAAGUUGUUACAGCUAUUAAACAAAGCAGACGAGCAAUAAUUAUUUUAAGCCCAGCCUACGUCAGCGGACCAAGCAUUUUUGAACUGCAGGCAGCAGUGAACUGUGCAUUGGAAGACAAAAAGAUCAAACUGGUAUUAAUAAAGUUCCAGGCUUUCCAAGAGCCAGAGACUUUGCCUCCAGCAGUGAAGAAAGCUCUUCGGAUUUUACCAGUCAUUACCUGGAAUUCUUCUAUUUCUGCUGCUCCAACCAAGAAGUUCUGGAAAUAUGUGUAUUACCACAUGCCAGUGAAAACUACUAAGGUGCUGGGAAACUGCAGCCUAAAAGGCUUUUUCCAAAGGUUAUUCAGCCUGGUAUAUCAAUAGCAGAAAUUUCAGAGGGAUGGCAGCAGGUUCAGGAAUAGUGAUGUAAAGGACCUUUUCCACAUCAGCUGACCACUGUGGACUGUCACUGCACUCAGCAAUAGCUCACUCCAAAACAGUGAGGAUGACUGCAGUGUGACAGUGCUGCAGCCCCACAGUAAAACUAAGUGCAUGGCGCACAACUGUAAAUGUGAGCUAUCUUUCAUAAAUUAUUAUUUUAUUAUUAUAUUUAUUAUAUUUAUUAUGUUCUUUUGCUGUUAUGUUGAGGCAUACAUG